GCAAAAAAAAAAACCACCCAAAAAAACUGUAUAGUCAGGGCUUCCCAAAUGCGCGCCCCCGACCUGGAGCCAAGCGCGCCCCCUUCAUUUGUUCCCCUUCUUGAAGCUCAUUUUCAUGACGUGGAAAAGCCUGAUCCAGGGCAACAACAGCACCACACACACACACACACACACACACGCACACACCCGCCCCGCACACACCGCACACACACACCCGCACACGGGGAGGGAGCGCAGCCCGCGCUCCGCCGCGCCCCAGCCUCCCGCUCCGCGCUGCCGCUGCCCGGAGAAGGCGGCGGCGGCGGCGCUGGAGCCUGCAGCAGCCCCUCUCCUCCCUCCUCCAUUGAGUGUGCCAAACAGCAGCUCUGCAUCCUAAAGAAGAUCAUUGAGGGGCUCAUUGCAUUCCCAGCACGUUUCAGGCUUGCUUCUUUUUUUUUUUUUCCUGCCUUUUUUUUUUUUUCCUUUUGCCUCAGCUUCAGCAGGAGUAGAGAGAGAGGGAGAGAGAGCCACAGAGAGGGAGAGGCAGAGAGAAACCAGCAAUCUUUAAACUCGAGCUUUUUUUUUCCCCCCUUCCCCUCUUUUGCUUUUUUUCUAUUGUAACGAUGUGCUAAAAUCUCUCCUGCAAACCGCCCUUGCAGAAGAGAAAGAACUUAAUAUUUUGCAAAGGAGACAGAGAGACUGAUACUGCAAUAUAGCUCUCAUCUCUCUCCCUUCUCCCCAAUUAGAUGCUGGUUUUAAUUGCAGAGGGUAUUUCUCUUUUCGUGCUUUCAACCAUCUCCUCUUUCCCACAGGGGAGGGUUUCAUUUGCAAGUUGAUCCUAAGGAUUUCUGUUCCUCUGGCAUUUCUCUCCCCUAAAUGCAUCUUUCUGCUCUUAAGUUUGUGGAUGGGGGGCAAAUUUUUCUAGUUCUUACACGAGGAAGGCAAAAAGGACCUUUUCUAUUGAGAGAUUAAGACUAAAAGCAACGAUCGCUCCGAAUGGUUCUAAUGGGCAUUUCAGGGAUUCAAGGAAGGCUGCAUCACCGCCGUUAUUAUUACCAUCCUUAGCGUUCCUCUGUGCCCAUACAUUUAAAAUAUCUGGUGAAAGGAAGGGUGAAACCAUAUGUUGAAGGAGCUGCAUCUCAUUAGUGCAGCAUUAUUUUCAUCUGAUUGGAGAAGAAUGGUGUCUUCAUUCGGGAACGUAUAUGGUAGGAUAGCAAAUUUAUCGGCUGGUAAGUGUCAAGGUAUUUUUUUUUUCUUCCACUUUCAGCUUUUUAACCGGGUCCCCUGCUUGGUCCUGGGGGCACAAAAUGCCCUAAUCCAAGGCAGGCUGAGCGUUUCAAUCCUAGGUGCCUCUUUAGCUGUCACUUCCCUUUAGAUCUGCUGAUCGCAUGGGCAUGUGCUUUAGAAAGAUUAAUCAUCUCUAAACGCUUUAAUCAGCUAAAAUGACUAAUAUGUGGUGUGUAUUUAUCUGAUAAUAUACCAGUUGCAUUAAUUCACCGGGCGCAUUUGCGAGGGGAAGCUUCCCUUUCGAAUCAGGGCUGUUAACCAUUUACUCCGGUAAAGAUACUGUGGGGAUUUCUGAGGGGAUCCGUUCUGCCAGGGACAUCAGCAAACCCUGCACACUCCUCCGAACUUACGUGUGGAAUAUAUUGAGCCGGGAGGGAGAGGGGUUCGAGGGUUGAGGCUCAAUAACUUUGGGAGUUUGCAUGGAUGAAGGACGGAGUGCGACACCGGAGAAAAUCUGCCCACUGGUGUUUUCCCCCCCCCGUAGCCAAUGCGGGCUGUGAUGGCCACAAAGCACCCGAGUGUGAGAUCUGUGGAGUUCCAAACGCUGGUCCUACGGUGGAAAUCAUGUAGAGAUGCAACACGUCCAUCCCGUGUGUGCUCGUGUUGCUGUGUGGGGCUGCAUGUGCUGUCCUCUUUAUAGGUGGCAUUUACCACGGGGAGGGGGAGAAGGGAGGCUGCUAUCGCGUGAUGGAACCGUCUACCAUCUCUUAAGUAUAAAUCAGGGCAAGGCUCGCCCAUCCCACACCCCUGGAGUUGGUUGUGAACGUCUGCCCAACAAUUGCUGAACUUUCCAAGAGCCUAACACGAGUCUGGCAAGGUAGUGGCUUAAAUAAAAGGAGCGGGGCAGGGCAGAAGUACUGAAAUCUGCAUUUUUCUUCCCGUUGCAGUUUUGUAAACACCAACAAAUGAUGAAACCUUCCACGGCAGAGACACUUCAUAAAGGAAGGAUGUUGUGGAUAAUUCUUCUAAGCACAAUUGCUCUAGCAUGGACUACACCUAUUCCCUUGAUAGAGGACUCGGAGGAACUGGAUGAGCCCUGCUUUGAUCCAUGUUACUGUGAAGUGAAGGAGAGCCUUUUCCAUAUACAUUGUGACAACAAAGGAUUUAUAAAUAUUAGUCAAAUAACAGAGUCGUGGUCGAGACCUUUUAAACUUUAUCUGCAGAGGAAUUCCAUGAGGAAAUUGUACACCAACAGUUUUCUUCACUUGAACAAUGCUGUGUCUAUUAACCUUGGGAACAAUGCACUGCAGGACAUUCAGACGGGGGCUUUUAAUGGGCUCCGAGUUCUGAAGAGGUUGUAUUUGCACGAAAACAAAUUGGACAUUUUCAGGAACGACACUUUCCUGGGUUUGGAAAGUCUGGAAUAUCUGCAGGCAGAUUACAAUGUCAUUAAACGGAUUGAAAGCGGGGCAUUUCGAAACCUAAGUAAAUUGAGGGUCCUUAUCCUAAAUGACAAUCUCAUCCCCAUGCUUCCCACCAAUUUAUUUAAGUCUGUGUCCUUAACCCACUUGGACUUGCGCGGGAACCGGCUAAAAGUCCUUUCCUACCGCGGGAUGUUGGACCAUAUUGGCAGGAGCCUGAUGGAGAUCCAGCUGGAGGAGAACCCGUGGAACUGUACGUGUGAGAUCGUGCAGCUGAAGAGCUGGUUGGAGCGCAUCCCCUACACUGCUCUGGUGGGGGACAUCACCUGCGAGACCCCCUUCCACUUCCACGGGAAGGACCUGAGGGAGAUCAAGAGAAGCAAGCUGUGUCCCAUGCUGUCCGACUCCGAGGUGGAAGCCAGCCUGGGCAUCCCUCAGCUGUCGUCCAGCAAGGAGAACGCGUGGCCUACGAAGCCUUCCUCCAUGCUGUCCUCCUUCCAUUUCACCGCCUCCUCUGUUGAGUACAAAACGUCCAACAAGCAGCCCAAGCCCACCAAGCAGCCCAGGGCUCCCCGGCCUCCCCCGACCCCCCGCGGCCUGUACCCCGGGCCCAACCAACCCCCCGUGGCUGCCUACCAGACCCGGCCCCCCAUCCCCAUCAUCUGCCCCACCGGCUGCUCUUGCAGUUUGCACAUCAACGACCUGGGCCUGACGGUCAACUGCAAGGAGCGAGGGUUCCACAACAUCUCCGAGCUCCUGCCCAGGCCCUUGAACGCCAAGAAGCUGUACCUGAGCGGGAAUUUGAUCCAGAAAAUCUACCGCUCCGAUUUCUGGAAUUUUUCCUCCUUGGAUCUCUUACACCUGGGGAACAACCGGAUCUCCUACGUACAGGACGGGGCGUUCAUCAACCUGCCCAACCUCAAGAGCCUGUACCUGAACGGGAACGACAUCGAGCGGCUCACCCCGGGCAUGUUCCGGGGCCUGCAGAGUUUGCAUUACUUGUACUUCGAGUACAACCUGAUCAGGGAAAUCCAGCCGGCGGCCUUCAGCCUCAUGCCCAACCUGAAGCUCCUCUUCCUCAACGACAACCUGCUCCGCACGCUGCCCACCGACGCCUUCGCCGGCACCUCCCUGGCGCGCCUCAACCUGCGCAACAACCACUUCCUGGCGCUGCCGGUGGCCGGGGUGCUGGAGCACCUGCACGCCAUCGUGCAGAUCGACCUGAAGCUCAACCCCUGGGACUGCACCUGCGAGCUGGUGCCGCUCAAGCAGUGGCUGGAGGCGCUCAGCUCGGUCAGCGUGGUGGGCGAGGUGCUGUGCGCCAGCCCCGAGCCGCUGGCCCGCCGCGACCUGCGCUCCCUGGAGCUGGCCGCGCUGUGCCCCGCCGCCCUGCGCCCCGCCGCCGCCGCCGCCGCCUCGCCCCCCGCCGCUCCUCCACCGCCCGCCGCCGCCCCUCCGCCGCCCGCGGCCACCGGCGCGGCCGCCUACGAGCUGCCCCCGGCCGCGGCCGCCGCCUCCGUGCCGCUGUCCGUGCUCAUCCUCAGCCUGCUCGUCCUCUUCUUCUCCGCCGUGCUGGUGGCCGCCGGGCUCUUCGCCUUCGUGCUGCGGCGCCGCCGGAGGAAGCUGCCGUUCCGCGGCCCGCGGGCGGAGGCGGCGGACCUGGGCGCGGUGCCGCUGCGCUGCCCGAGGCUCUUUCCCGAGGGCGGCGGCGGCGGCGGCGGCGGCGGAGGCGGGGGUGGCACCGGCGAGCGGUCCCCGGAGAAGGCGCCCCCGGCGGGCCACGUCUACGACUACAUCCCGCACCCGGUGACCCAGAUGUGCAACAACCCCAUCUACAAGCCGCGGGAGGAGGAGGAGGCGGCGGGCGGCGGCGGCGGCGGCGGUGGAGGUGGAGGGGAGGCGGCCGAGCUGCUGCGGAGCGGCGGCGAGCGCGGCUUCGCCCACCCCGCCGCCCCCGCCGCCGCGCCGGAGCCCGGCAGCAGCUACCGCACCUUGCUGGAGAAGGAGCAGGAGUGGAGCCUGGCCGUGUCCAGCUCGCAGCUCAACACCAUCGUGGCCGUGCACCCCCAGCACCCCGCGGGCGGAGGGCUGGCGGCGGGCGCGCUCGGGGCGGCGGCGGCGGCGGCGGGGGGAGCCCCGCGGGACCGCGACCGCCCGCCGCCCUGCGCCGUGGGCUUCGUGGACUGCCUGUACGGCACCGUGCCCAAGCUGAAGGAACUGCACGUCCACCCCCCCGGCAUGCAAUACCCGGACCUGCAGCAGGACGCCAGGCUGAAGGAGACGCUCCUCUUCGCGGCCGGCAAGGGCUUCCCGGACCACCAAACCCCCACAAGCGAAUACCUCGAGUUAAGGGCCAAACUCCAAACCAAGCCGGAUUACCUCGAAGUCCUGGAGAAGACCACGUACCGGUUCUGACCGCCGCCCCGCCGCCCGCCCGGCCCCGCCGCCCGCGGGCAGAGGAUACAGCUGUGCGCUCUGCCCCGCCAGAUGUGCGCGCUGCGGGGCAGGGCCCUUCUCAGAUCAGUAAUCGACGAAGUGCCUUCGCAGACUUUUGCCAGCAGAUGUUAAUCAAUCAUUAUUUUUUAUACUGAAACUGAGACUUUGACUGUGCCAUGUCAUAAAGGUGGAAAAGAACAGCAAGGCCAGGUAAGUCCCAGUCAAUAACAGCUGCACACAGGGAAAUAGAAGGGAUGGUGCUCAAUUAUUGGUGCUCUUUUUUAUUUUCUGGAUAUUGUCAUUGAUGUCACUGUCACACUGUGCCCUGGGUUAAAAAAUUUGCUUGGAAAUUGCUUCAUGGAUCUCUUGAGUGUAUCAACAGUGAGAGAAAGGUGUUCAUUGUUACAGUAUGAAUAAUAAUCUGAAUUUUGGGAAGCAAUCCAGUGCCUGUUGCAGGAAGAUAGGACCUGAACUGCUCUGGUUGGAUGAGUAUUGAGAGUGAGAACCUCAUUUGUUAUGACAUUCAGUGAAUAUGAGUUAAGCUGUGGUAGCUCAAGAUUUUGUCAGAGGCCUUUCCAGACAAACUCACUUUUGAGCGUGGCUGAUUUGGUUUUAAGCUAGAAAUGUGUGUUUUCGUUCAACUUAUGUUCUCUCUGUGAACUUUUCCAGCAGCAGGAGAAAAAAAAGGUCUCUAGAAAAUGUCAAUCUGCAGUGCUGCACAUUUCUGGAGAGCUCAGGUGUGCCAGCAGCACUUCACGAGCUCUGUGCUGCUCCCACUUGGUUCAAGUACCUACUUCAGAGGAACGAGACCCGAUGAUUUGGGUUUAGGUCGAACAGAAAUGUUCACAUGAAAAAAAAAAUUGUGUAGAAUUUGGCUGUAAGUGGGGGAGUUCAUUGCUCAGCUACAUCACUCAACCACAGGGUAUGACUUCUGGCAGAGCUCCAGCCACUUAGGUGGGAACUUGUUCCAGGAUUGCACUUCUUCCAGAGGCACUUGCUUUUACAAUGUGGAUUUAUGUACACUUGGAAAUCAGGCUGCUGUGCAUGGCAUAUUCCUAUUUUCUGAGUUUUUCCAAGGCUCGAUUCUAAAUCUGGCUCCCUCAUAGCUGGGUUUCACAGUGAAUUUAUGUGGGGAUGGAUUUAUGAAUGGGUUGUGCAGUACAACACAGUUGUUCUCCAUGGAAGAAAUGUAAAUCCACACAAUACGGAGUUUCACGACAGCUUUUUGUACAAAAAUUGCUAUUUUUUGAUACUGUUGUGAGUGGAAAUACAUCUCCUUUUUCCAAUUCUUGAAAUAUUGCUGGUUUGAUUGGGCAGGUGUAGCUAUGCCCCAGUUUGAAACCUAUUUGAGCUAGUGGAAGAAUUGGAAUGUGCUUGGAACAAACCCUUGAGUGGGUAUGGACUGGAGGCCCAAUUCUGCUCCCUUGGAGCAAGUGUUGAAACACCACAUUAUGCUCAGAUUUAGUCAACAGACUUGAAUGAGGAGCAAAAUCUGAUCUCAGAAAAUUACAACAUAUAUUAAGUGGAUUCAAGUAUGUUGAGACAAGUGUUUCCUGUGACUAUUUCAGAAUAAAAUGAGUCAUGGUACAGAGAAAAUGGGUUUGUAUCAAUUUAGUAAUUUUUCUGAUUGACCUCACUCACAAAUUAAUGCUUUUGAUUUUAAAAUAAGAAUAUUUGCCUCAAGACAAAUUAGUUUAGACCUAAUGUCAUUGGUAACCAACUAGCCAAGGAGAUUAGUAAUGUAACAAUUGCAAAUUGUUUGGAAAUACUUUAUUAGUAUUAUCUUUCUCUUUGAAAGCAAGAAUAUUAACUAUACCAACACUGGCCAUUCUAUGAUUCUGUGAUUAACAGGCACUGACAACUGUGUUUCAUAGAAUUAUUCUUAAAAUGUCUUUUCCUUGAUCCUUAUAGUUUCCCAGUUGUAAAAUUAUGUAAUUCUCAUUUUUGUUGUGGUUGUUUGGGGCAGUUUGGGGUGUUUCUGAGGAAAGCAUUUGCUUUGCUACACACGGGGUUUCCCCAGGAGGUGAAACUUGUGGGUUAUCUUUGAUCACUGGGACUGUAUCUGGAAACACUCCCCUGUUAAACUGGUCGAAAUUUUCUGUUAAAUUGGUCGAUAUUGUGUUUUUCAGAAUGGUGUCAGACGGAUCAUUUUUGGGAAAAAAUGACAGGAAAAGGCUCAAAGGAGCAGAGCCACUGGCACUGCUGUAGGAAUGCUCUGUCCCACAUUCACACUGGGCAGUCUCUGCAGGGUGGAUGUUGCAUCAACCAUUAUAUUUUUGAAUGCUAAGGAUGCUCAUCUGAAGUGUGGGGUUAUUUUUAGGCAUCAUGAAGAUGUACAUGAUAUACUCAGCUGUUGGGUGCCUUAAAAAGAAUAGGUACAAAUAGAGGGCAUAGCACAACAUAAAAUACGAAUAACUCACCCAUGUCAUACACUGAAUCUUUAAUGUCCAUUUACUUUUUCUAACGUCUUUAUUUCUCCACCAGAAUUUUCUAAAUCUCUCAGAGAUAUCCUGUAUAUUCUAGGAAUCCUGAAGAAAUAUUUUAGGGCUAGCCAAGGGUUGAAUCUCUCAGUAUCUGGGAAUUCAAACAAGUGCCACUAGCUGGGGAGGAAUAUCCUGCCCAUGGCACGUGGCACAGCAAUUUGGCACCUCGCUGUAGAGUGGUGCCAGUGAGGGAGGUUCUCUGCAGCAAUGAGAUUUUCCAGGAGGGAUUGAAUGAUUCCAAAGAGGAGCUCCUGAAUUGUGAUAAAUCACUAUUGGAAUGGAAGAGACCUGAGAUUUGCUGCUGCUUCUGAUGGCACUGCCAUCCCUGCUGCUGGUGGUGGCACCUGGCACCGUGGCCAAGGGGGGACUCCUGUCGCAACAACCCUAAAAAAAACCAACCAAACAGCCAAAAAAAGCAGAGGAAAGGUUUGGGAGCCUUUAUCCUGCAGGGACCAUCUCAUCUGAAGUUAAUGACUUUCUCCAGAUGUUGCAGUGGCAUUAAUAUACUGUUAUGGGAUUUUUAUGGAGUUUUUUUCUUGCUUUCCUCAGCUUUACUUUGCUUUUCCAGAGGCAGUACCUGGUUUAAAUGUUGAAGAACUGCAGGAAUGUGUUUGUUGAUACUUUUUCAGACCAAAAUUGUUUAAAACUGAGUCUGUCACAAAAGACUGUCCUAAACUGAGAUGAGUUUUCUAGAAAGCUACAAAAACCUUUGGUUUUGUACUUGGUCUCUAAGUUGUUUUAUAUAUAUAUAUAUAUAUAUGUUAAAUGUUCCUUAUUGUAUAACCCUUUAACCAAAGUCUGUCAUUGAGCUUUGGAGGCUUUGGUUUUGCAAUACAAAGUUAAUUAAUGGUUUGUUUGUUUUUGAGGUUUUUUUUUGUUCUGUGAUUGUUUGGUUUGAUUUUAUUCCGAGUAUGACUGGAGAGAGGGAAAUAUUGCAAAGUGUGAAAAUUCUCACCAAACUAUACUUUUUAAUAGGACUUUUAAAUUUAAUUCUUUUUAUUUUCUUCAGAGAAUGAAGGAGUUAUGCUCAAAAGAGUGCAGGAAUUGCCACUCAGUAGAGCUGAUAUGUGUUCACUCUGCCGUGUCCUGAGAGUGCCCAGGACAGUCUGACUCAAAGGGAGGUGUAAGAAAUUCCCACUAGUGAGAUUCCAGGGUUGGAUUUGUCCAGCUAAUCUGCUCCACCCUGAGAAAUCCAGUUCCUGGGGUGCUGCACCACUGGAGGGACUGGUCCAGUGUGCACAGGGAGCACUUAAAAAAAUCAUGUUGCAGCAUUUGGGUGAAAAAUGAGCUUUUAAAAAGCUGGGCAUUUAAAAUUUUGCCUCUGUUUUCUUUAGAAAACUCAUCCAGAGUUUCUCUGGUGCCGUUGAACUGCCCUGCAAGGGCACAUCUGAUCAGUUGUCCUCAAAGCACUGCUGAAAUAGAUGUGUAGCUAAUGCAUUCUUCUGAAUUGGAGAGCAAUUUCUUGUGGCAUCACUUCUGUUAUGUUUUCUUGCAGUGACCCAAAACCCCUGGCUGCUUUGGAAAGUGGAUAGUAUUGGCAAGCAAAGAAAUAUGGCAAGUAAAGAGUGGUGUUUUGCACCUCAAGACUUCCCUCUGUACCGACUGGAUUGCCCACCUGGCCCUCGGCUCUGUGGCAGCCCCCCGAGGUUGGCCCCGGUGCCGUCACGGGCCCUGUGCUCUGCCAGCCCCUCCGAGCCAACCAAAGCCUGUCACAGCCUCCAGAGCACAAAUCCCUGGGCAGAUGGAUCCCUAACAGCUACACUUCAGGGAGAAAGCGGAGAGAUGCUCCUAAAAUUAGUUGCUGACAGCUCAAAGAAGGAGUAACUGCCUCCCGUGUCAUUACUUCUUCCGGAACAGGGACGUGUGUGUGUUAUGGAAAUGCUGACACUGGGUUUGUACAGUAUGUGCACACGUGCUGGGUGUGUGUCUAAGUAUCCAUGAAUACGCUGUUAAAGUGUAGGAUUGGAUUGCUGGAAAGUUCUGGGGGGUUCAGGAGCAUGGCUUGCUUUGGACUGUUAUUAAAACGUGGGCAUUUUGGUAACGAAGCUAAAAAUAGCCACUUUACGACCUACAUUCCCAAUGUAGGUCAGUGGAGGCACUUCUCAGACAUAUUAGCAUUUUGGACACUUAAUCUUAGCAGCAUAUUGCAUCUCCUAGAAUAGGUUAGUAGAGGCAAGGCAGGAGGAGUUGCUGCAUCUCGAGUCGUUCCGAAAGGUUGCCAAGUUUCUCAGGAACCAGAGCAGCAGAAUAAUGAGGAUUAUAUUUAAUUUGGGAUGGAGAGGCAACCGUGGGGUGUUCAGCAGAGGCAGCUGGGAUCAUCUUGGCUCUGUGAGGGAGGGAGAAUUUAUAACUCUAGCUAGCUAAAAAGCAAGCUGUGCGUGCACUUGUGUGUAUAUAUAUAUUUAUAUAUAUGUAUAUACAAAUCUGUGUAUGUGUAUAUAACACCGUGUGUAUAUAUGUAUGUAUGUAUAUGGCUAAAAUGUAUUAUAUGUGUAUCUAUAGAUAUGUAUACAUUUAUAUGAAUUUAUAUUUCUCUAUAUAAAUAGUCAUGCAACUAUGGGAACUCACAAUUCAACGGUGUGUCCUUUUUCUUUAAAACACAACAAAAAGCUGCUUCCAUUAAUAUCAAAUUGGCACAAGUGUCUUAAGUUUUCUUUUCUCUUUAGAAAGGAGUGGUGCUUGUGGUCAAGCACAAGCCUGGAAGGGUUUGACUCUUCCAGAGGACUCAGAGUAAAUCAUUAUCUGCUCCACAGCCAUUCUACAUUUGUGACAUAAAGUGGUGGCCAAAAUGACUCAGGGCUGGUUUUACAGGCAAACAAAGUGGGUUGUUGACUGUUUGGAAGUCUCUGUUAUGCUCAUGGAUUUUUAAUGGUGAAAUGUCUGCACUGAUAAUUACUCUGGUUGCUGUUAAUGCCCAGCUAAUGCUAAUGGCUUGAACAGAGGAAAAAAAAGAUGAAUUUUCUGCUCUAAAGUAAGUUAUCUGAAGUCUGAUUACGUUGACUCAGUGAUGUAUGGAUUUCCAUUUAGGGGCAGGAUGUUGGGCUGUAAAUCAAGAAUCUUAGCUCAGUGAACAUCUAGUUUGGGAUGUCUUUUAUGUUAUAAUUGAUUUUAAAUCAUUUCAAUUCAUUAUCAGAACAAGCUAUACCUUAAUUCACGAUAAGCUCAAAGGAUCUCUCAGCUGGAAACCCAUUCAUAGCAGGGUGAAUUUUACACUUGUCUUCGGUGGGGUUGAAUCAGGUCAGAGAGUUUCAUUCAGCGCUGGCAUAAAAACAGUCUUGUAGCUGUGCAACUAUUAAUUCAAAUUGUAAUUUUGUAAUAAAAGCAGCCUAAAAAUGA